AUGUCGGGCGAAAAAGAGGGCGAAAUGCAGAGUUCUAAGCCGAAAAAAUCUUAUGAAUUCGACGACCUUUUAGCCAUGGUUGGCGGCUUCGGUCGAUAUACCUUUCUUCUUUAUGCAUUCAUGUGUGUAAUGUCUCUUCCCAUCGGACUACAGCAUCUGGUCCAAGUGUUUUACGGUGCCACCCCAAAGUAUUCCUGCGUUGCUUUUUCGAACGCAGAGGGAAACAAAACUUGUACCGUUCUGAAAGGUGGAACGUGCUGUGAAAAAUGCACCGACUACAACUUCAGUAAUCGUUUGACUAGUGCAGUCACUGAGGUAAGGGGUACUUCUUAAUUGACUUACGAUCCCUUAGAUUCACCAGUUUCGAACAAUAAGCUGAUAAGAAAUAAACCUGAAUAUUAAAGUAAUUGCUUCUCUGUACAGUUUACACCGUCACCUGAAAAAGUAUUCCCGUACUUCUAAAGAGAGCUAUAGAAGGAUGAAGUGAAACUAUCUAUCAUACAGUUGUCAUAUGAUAUAAGAAAACUAAUCAAACUUCACCUCUGAUUUUCUUUUAAAAUUGUGAAUUAUACCUUCAGAUAAACCUUCUCAUAAAAGCCGCUAAGUAUACGAGUCCAAUUAUCGAGGCUGAGCUGAAAUCAAAUUACCGGAAAUUGGAAAAAUAUUCUUUUAUUAAUACUUUCAUAAUUUUCUUGCAGUUCUAUUUACACUGCACGCUAAAUGUCCCGUCGGAAACACCAAAAUGACACCGCAAAACUUCUGUUUUUCUUGCUUGGUUAUAUAUACUUGUACUUAACUCGUCGACACACCGAAACUCGAACAUAGAGUUUACUUACUCUGUAAUGAAUAAAGAUUAUUUCUUUUGCAAUACACGUUGUUCUAUUCCCCGUAUACUUUCCUAUGUCACAGCCAGUAUUUCAAUAUAAGUUUCAAUAUUUUAUUCUUGUCUUUAAAACGGAACUCAGCUUUAUCAGAAUUACAUCCCAAGAUUUCAAAUUUGGUCAAAUUUAACACAAUAACUUUCAAAUCGCAAAAGCUCUGUAGAGAUGAGUGUUUAUUCAGUCGUUUUACAAUUUGUUUUACCGGUAAUUAAACCUUAGAUGGGAAAUACGAAGCUGCUCAAACACUUGCCUUUUCGGUUUGAUUUUUGUAAUUACUUCGGUAGGUUUUUUUAAUUCUAUUUUGUUAUUAUUAUUUCAUUUGUUAUUCCAAAGUACAACAACUACAAUUAUUUUCUUUUACCAAAGAUCGUUUACACCUCCUCUUAGUUAAUUACCUACUCCGAAACACAUUGUCAAGGAUUUAAAUCACAUAUUAUAUACGUUUUUAUGGAAAGGUAAAGAUAAAGUAACAGGUGCGUCAACAAUAAAUAAUUAUGAAGAAGGAGGCAUCAAAAUGGUGGAUAUUGAAAGUUUGAUAAAUCUCUCCGUCUUUCCUGGCUUAAACGAAUAUUUAGUGACAACUCAGGCGCGUGGAAAAACUACCUAGAAUACAUCUUGAGAGAUUCUGGAGGUCUAAUGCUUUUUAAAUGCAAUUAUAAUGUUACGGAUCUUCAAAUUACCUCUACCUUUUAUUUAGAACUACUUAAAUGGUGGUAGGAACGGCUCCAAGAAGAUAACGAUUGGCAUUAUGUAAUUUGGAAUAAUCGAGAUUUUAGAAUAGACGACAAGCCCUUUUUCUACAAGAAAUAUUAGGACAUUGGUAUCUGAGAAAUAGGAGACUUACAUUUUGAUCUCAGCAAUACGGAAUCCUACGAACAGAUCGCAAAAAAAAUGUUAAAAAGACAAACUUCCUUGAAUGGACUAGUAUGAAACAUUCAAUACCAACCAACUUAAAAGUUCUUAAUCGAUCGAUUCGAGUACCUUUAAUGCAAUACCUUCCUUUAAAAUCAAUGGCGGCGUUUUCGACAUAGCAAAAAAGAAAUAAAAAGAUUUUUAUCCUUUUUUGAUCAAAAAGAAGGCUUGUCUCCCAAAUUAUGUACAAAAACUGAAGUUGGAUUUUAAUCUAUCUAAUGACGAUCUCAGAAAGGCAUUUCUCUUGCCCCAUUCUAUCGUGUUUGAACCUUAAAUCAAAGCCUUUCAAUUCUAUACUUUUACCAACUCAAAGUUGUUUAAGAUUGGGUACAGGACAGACAACUUGUACUCUUUUUGCAAAAGGGAAUCAGAAACUAUUAGACAUUUCUCUUGGGACUGCCCUUAUUCGACUCCAUUCUGGAAAUGUGUUGAAUCAUAUUAUUUGGGGUUGCGAAAACAACUAGUUCACCUAACAUUAAAGGAAAUUUGGAUCGGCUUUUUAACUUCCGAAUGCCCCUUGCUUAAUCAUCUUAAUACUUAUAGGGAAAAUAUAUUUAUGAAGUUGCAGAAGGAAUGAAGUACUCCCAACCAUAAACAGUUGUAUAGUUAGAGUAAACGGUAAAUAUGAAAUAGAAAAAUAUAUUUGCACUAAGAAUAAGAGUUUACAAAAAUUAAUGGACAAAUGGACGUUGUAAUCUAGUUAAUUGUCUUCUUUUACAAAAAUGAUUAGUUUCUUCUUUUUUGAAUAGCACUUGUAAAAUAACAGUAGGCAUACCUUGGUGGUGAUUGUGGAAUUGCAUGUGUGCUUAGGUGUGAAGUCCGUUUGUGCAUGUAUGCCUUGUGAUAUUACUUCGGUAGGUUACAGAAGGGAAAUGGUUUAAACUUUCCUAUUCGCAAUUAGCAGAACUAAGAAACGCUGGAAAGUCGUUGAUUGAAUGACACAUAGUCGCUUAUUCACAUCCUUGAUUUCUGUAUGUUAUUAUUGUAAGUACUCAAACUGUUUUAGAUACUUUGGAGAUUAUUUUAUGCCGUUUCUUCACUCCGAAGUAGGCGAAGUAUUGUUCUUGUCUAUGGAAACUGUAUUUGGAAUUUCAAAUUAGUCUAUAGUAUAGUGUACUGAUUUCUAAUCAGUAUUCAAGAGAAAAGCGCGCGGAAUACGUAAUGACUUUUCAUGACACCUGUGUUUACUUAACAUUGAGCGAAAUACUGAGUCGACCUUUUAACUUUUUUUUAAACUUUAAUAUAUUUUCCAUCUAGUUUUUUAUUCUGCUGUAAAUCUCAUUUGAGUUGAAAGAAUCGCCGAGUGUAUAUUUGAACUGCAUUAACAUAUCGAGAACACAUAUAAGCGAGCUUGUACAUUGUUCAAUUUGAAUUACUUGAGUUGUCUACGAGUUAACUUCGUGAGAAGAUUAACAUACUUGAAGAGUUCCAGUCCUGUCGAAGUCAUUUCUGCUAAUUUGCUCUACGGACAAGUUACUAACGACCCUGUACCUCUGGCAUUGUUUGUGACGUUGGCCGCGCAGUCCAGCGAAGUGUUCUACCAAGCUUUAGUCCCAUUCCGUCCUUCAGUUAUUCCAAAUCGCCCCGUCAAUUAUCGUUCUAUUUUAGUCCAGCAGAUUGGUGCAGAAUUUUAGAUGAAUUGUGGGAUUUAUGGUAAAAGCAUCAAAUUUGGCACACGGGUAGAGAUACAUUGGGUAAUUAAUUUUAGCUGAGGACCCACCUGGGAUCCGCCCCCUAAUUUGUAUAAUUUAAGGUAGAAGUUUGACCCAGUGGUUGGUUAGCAUGAAAACGAGGCUGACUCGAGACUUGCAUGUUAGCGUGUCAGGGUAUUGUAUAUGAGAAGCAAUAACGCUCACAAAUGAUAAUUGAUAGCCAAAAAGGUUGUCACAGCGAGAAAUGGGGUAAAAGAGGAUUAUUUUGGCAGUUAUGAAGUACUUCAUAUCGGCUCAGCACGCUCACAAGCUUUCGUAUGAUGAUAUCAAAUAGAUUGCUAGUUUCUUAUUUCGCAAUGAUGAUAAACGAUUCAAAGGUUUGAUAACUUCACCUUUCCAAGAUCACUGUUUCAGUUAUGAAAAAUUAAUGCACAUGCGGUAGGCAAAUAAUAAAACGUGGAAAUGCUAAAAAAAACAAAAAAACAGUAAGCUUUGGCUAAGAAGAUUCAGUAGAUCUGUUCAUCAAGUUGUGGAGAAAGAAGCAUCAUUAUAAUGUUUGGAGGGUUGCAUACUGACCUUGCCGAGGCGAUCUCAAGGCAUUGGGGCACUGGAUUGAGAGUGGUGGUUAGACAAGCUGUAUUUAAUUAGUGCAGUUUGGCAUAACAACCCCUGGAAUAGACGACUCCUUUCUCACGCAAGGCGUCACAAGUUCACUCACCUGAAACGCCCACGAGAUUACUGCUUGUGCUUUGUACAUAUUAAUGGAUAAGAUGUAUAAGAACUACUUGGAAAGCAUCUCUGAAAGAGAAGAACCCAAAACGUUCACAGCGGAGUGGCGCAAGCAAGCAGAGCUUUUUAGUCCUUAGUUACACCAGUGGUCUCUCACCCUUCACUUUGAUCUUACCAUAUUGAUAUUUAUAUACGCAUAAUGUUUUUUUUCUAGUUCAAUUUUGUUUAAACCCAUUCAGCUAUUAAUUCACGGUCUAUAAACAGUUAAAAAUCGAUGUCAAAUAUAAUAUUGUACUAGAGCCUCGUUUUCAUGCUAACCAACCAGUGGGUCAAAUUUUUACCUUAAAUUAUACAAAUUAGGGGGCGAAUCCCAGGUGGAUCCAUAGCUAAAAUUAAUUACCUAAUGUAUCUCUACCUUUCUGCCAAAUUUGAUGCUUUUACCAUAAAUCCCACAAUUUUCACAACAAUCUGCUGGACUAUUUGUCCAGCGCAACGCCGCGCAUUUUAUGAGAGUUAAAGACGAGGAACACCCUAACAGCUUAACGUCACGCCUAUAUACUUUUACGAAAGUAAUGCAUCGUAUACACAUCACAAUCGUAUUUUGUACAAUAUUGAUCUUUUUGGGAUAUGCAAUACAAUCGGUGACAAUAUUAGUUUCCGAUUAGUUAAUUAAGACACUUCAAUUACAAGGACAUUUCUGACGUUUUGCCGACAUAAUCUACUUCUAAAGCGACAAAUAAAGCUUUACCUCACCCACGCCCUCUAAACAAUGUUGUUCCCUUACUGCUCAAGAAGGAAACGACAAACAACCUUAUUUUGAACGGAGGGGGUAGAGAAGGGUACAGCCUGGGGGGGAGCAGAUUGUUUUAUUCUCCAAAAUAUACCCCAUUCUCAACAAUUUUGUUUGUCAGUGUUCACUAAACGAUAAUACAAGUUGUCAGUAUGCGAAGAAUCCUGAUCCUAAAGAGAGACGCAAGACGACGAUAUUUAGGCUUAUACCCAGCUUACAUGCUUUAGGUAACUUAUCAGUUGGAUUUCACUUGACUUCGAAAACAUAUUCAGAACUGGGGAUGCAAGUUUAAGCCACUACGUUGCUUUGAAUAUGGUUUAAUUUAUCAAGGGUUAUUGAAAAGAAAAAGAACUCAAGAAAUUUAAGGGCUCGAGUAGCUGUUUCUUUAGAAGCAAAUUAAUUUUAAUGAAGUGAGUGCCCUCUUAUUGGUCAGAGUAGAUACUGAGAUCUGUUAUUGGUCGCUGAAUAAAAAUACCCAGAUUGUCUUCCAAAAUCGUCAUUUAGUACUUGCAAUAUGCAACAAGUCACGAGGGCUUUGUUCACUAGCUCUUGAGAUGGAGCGCGAAACCAUUAAGCGCAACCACCAGCCAAAAUUGGGGAUAAGGACUGCAAUAUCUAAUAUUUGUAUUUUCUGUAUGGUUGCUUGAAGCGACGUACAUGUACAGGUAUCUCUGAUUAUUGUUUUUGAGUGCAAUGUUGUUCUGUCUGUUCAGACAAUAUCAUGCACAGAAUAUUUAGCAACUUCUUUUUACCUUGGUAACAAAAGCUUGCGAUGACAAACGCUUAUGUGUAGACUAUUCACGGUCUCCUAUUUUUCCGUAAGGUCGUCGGGAUCGAGCGUUUUACAUUGAAACCAAGAUUCCUGCCCAUAAGGGUGGAUGCCCCAGGAGUUGUACUGCGGAUUUCAAGUGACGGGGGAUGAUCGAAUGGGACAAAAAUCAAAACCCAAAAAAAUCCCUAGGACUUCCUACAAAACCUCAAAAAAAUCCCACCCAGGGCUGGGUGUUCGAUCCCGACGAUCUUAAACGGAAAAAUAGGGGACUGUGAACAGUUUACCUAGGUAAAAUGCGAGUACAAAAGGUGGAUCGUAGGCAGCCUUUUUUCCUCCAGCUAAGUUGACAAGGAACUGAGUCAAAGUACUAGGUGGGUGGUGUGAAGAUUGAUGUUUGUUUGUGUGGGGUGGACACAAGAAGAGGAUUAGGGGGGGGAAGAGGGGGCGGCCCCCCCCCCCCCCCCCCCUGAUUUUACCUACGGUUUUCUAAAACAACUGGUAUUCUGCAAAAAAAAAAAAAAAACUAUGUGGUUUAUUGGUGUUGAACUAGAGCAAGAGACGAGUGCACCCCCCUCCUAAAAAAAAUCCUGCAUGCGCCCCUGAGUGCGUUUGGUCAUGUAUGCUUUGUGAUAUAAUCAGUAUUCAAGAGAAAAGCGCGCGGAAUACGUAAUGACUUUUCAUGACACCUGUGUUUACUUAACCUUGAGCGAAAUACUGAGUCGACUUUUUAACUUUUUUUUUAACUUUAAUAUAUUUUCCAUCUAGUUAUUUACUCUGCUGUAAAACUCAUUUGAGUUGAAAGAAUCGCCGAAUGUAUAUUUGAACUACAUUAACAUAUCGAGAACACAUAUAAGCGAGCUUGUACAUUGUUCAAUUUGAAUUACUUGAGUUGUCUACGAGUUAACUUCGUGAGAAGAUUAAACAUACUUGAAGAGUUCCAGUCCUGUCGAAGUCAUUUCUGCUAAUUUGCUCUACGGACAAGUUACUAACGACCCUGUGCUUCUGGCAUUGUUUGUGACGUUAGCCGCGCAGUCCAGCGAAGUGUUCUACCAAGCUUUAGUCCCAUUCCGUCCUUCAGUUAUUCCAAAUCGCCCCGUCAAUUAUCGUUCGAUUUUAGUCCAGCAGAUUGGUGCAGAAUUUUAGAUGAAUUGUGGGAUUUAUGGUAAAAGCAUCAAAUUUGGCACACAGGUAGAGAUAAGUUGGGUAAUUAAUUUUAGCUGAGGACCCACCUGGGAUCCGCCCCCUAAUUUGUAUAAUUUAAGGUAGAAAUUUGACCCACUGGUUGGUUAGCAUGAAAACGAGGCUGACUCGAAACUUGCAUGUUAGCGUGUCAGGGUAUUGUAUAUGAGAAGCAAUAAUGCUCACAAAUGAUAAUUGAUAGCCAAAAAGGUUUUCAUAGCAAGAAAUGGGGCAAAAGAGGAUUAUUUUGGCAGUUAUGAAGUACUUCAUAUAGGCUCAGCACGCUCACAAGCUUUCGUAUGAUGAAAAUAAAUUGCUAGUUUCUUAUUUCGCAAUGAUGAUAAACGAUUCAAAGGCUCAAUAACUUCACCUUUCCAAGUUCAUUUUCAGUUAUGAAAAAUUAAUGCACAUGCGGUAGGCAAAUAAUAAAACGUGGAAAUGCUAAAAAAAAAAUAAAUAAAUAAGCUUUUGCCAAGAAGAUUCAGCAGAUCUGUUCAUCAAGUUGUGGAGAAAGAAGCAUCAUUAUAAUGUUUGGAGGGUUGCAUACUGACCUUGCCGAGGCGGUCUCAAGGCAUUGGGACACUGGACUGAGAGUGGUGGUUAGACAAGCUGUAUUCAAUUAGUGCAGGUUGGCAUAACAACCCCUGGAACAGACGACUCCCUUCUCAAGCAAGGCGUCACAAGUUCACUCACCUGAAACGCCCAUGAGAUCACUGCUUGUGCUUUGUACAUAUUGAUGGAUAAGAUGUAUAAGAACUACUUGGAAAGCAUCUUUGAAAGAGACGAACCCAAAACGUUCACAGUGGAGUGGCGCAAGCAGGCAGAGCUUUUUAGUCCUUAGUUACACCAGUGGUCUCUCACCCUUCACUUUGAGCUUACCAUAUUGAUAUUUAUAUGCAUAAUGUUUUUUUUCUAGUUCAAUUUUGUUUAAACCCAUUCAGCUAUUGAUUCACGGUCUAUAAACAGUUAAAAAUCGAUGUCAAAUAUAAUAUUGUACUAGAGCCUCGUUUUCAUGCUAACCAACCAGUGGGUCAAAUUUUUACCUUAAAUUAUACAAAUUAGGGGGCGAAUCCCAGGUGGAUCCAUAGCUAAAAUUAAUUACCUAAUGUAUCUCUACCUUUCUGCCAAAUUUGAUGCUUUUACCAUAAAUCCCACAAUUUUCACAACAAUCUGCUGGACUAUUUGUCCAGCGCAACGCCGCGCAUUUUAUGAGAGUUAAAGACGAGGAACACCCUAACAGCUUAACGUCACGCCUAUAUACUUUUACGAAAGUAAUGCAUCGUAUACACAUCACAAUCGUAUUUUGUACAAUAUUGAUCUUUUUGGGAUAUGCAAUACAAUCGGUGACAAUAUUAGUUUCCGAUUAGUUAAUUAAGACACUUCAAUUGCAAGGACAUUUCUGACGUUUUGCCGACAUAAUCUACUUCUAAAGCGACAAAUAAAGCUUUACCUCACCCACGCCCUCUAAACAAUGUUGUUCCCUUACUGCUCAAGAAGGAAACGACAAACAACCUUAUUUUGAACGGAGGGGGUAGAGAAGGGUACAGCCUGGGGGGGAGCAGAUUGUUUUAUUCUCCAAAAUAUACCCCAUUCUCAACAAUUUUGUUUGUCAGUGUUCACUAAACGAUAAUACAAGUUGUCAGUAUGCGAAGAAUCCUGAUCCUAAAGAGAGACGCAAGACGACGAUAUUUAGGCUUAUAACCAGCUUACAUGCUUUAGGUAACUUAUCAGUUGGAUUUCACUUGACUUCGAAAACAUAUUCAGAACUGGGGAUGCAAGUUUAAGCCACUACGUUGCUUUGAAUAUGGUUUAAUUUAUCAAGGGUUAUUGAAAAGAAAAAGAACUCAAGAAAUUUAAGGGCUCGAGUAGCUGUUUCUUUAGAAGCAAAUUAAUUUUAAUGACUUGAGUGCCCUCUUAUUGGUCAGAGUAGAUACUGAGAUCUGUUAUUGGUCGCUGAAUAAAAAUACCCAGAUUGUCUUCCAAAAUCGUCAUUUAGUACUUGCAAUAUGCAACAAGUCACGAGGGCUUUGUUCACUAGCUCUUGAGAUGGAGCGCGAAACCAUUAAGUGCAACCACGAGCCAAAAUUGGGGAUAAGGACUGCAAUAUCUAAUAUUUGUACUUUCUGUAUGGUUGCUUGAAGCGACGUACAUGUACAGGUAUCUCUGAUUAUUGUUUUUGAGUGCAAUGUUGUUCUGUCUGUUCAGACAAUAUCAUGCACAGAAUAUUUAGCAACUUAUUUUUACCUUGGUAACAAAAGCUUGCGAUGACAAACGCUUAUGUGUAGACUAUUCACGGUCUCCUAUUUUUCCGUAAGGUCGUCGGGAUCGAGCGUUUCUCAUUGAAACCAAGAUUCCUACCCAUAAGGGUGGAUGCCCCAGGAGUUGUACUGCGGAUUUCAAGUGACGGGGAUGAUCGAAUGGGACAAAAAUCAAAACCCAAAAAAAUCCCUAGGACUUCCUACAAAACCUCAAAAACCCAGGGCUGGGUGCUCGAUCCCGACGAUCUUAAACGGAAAAAUAGGGGACUGUGAACAGUUUACCUAGGUAAAAUGCGAGUACAAAAGGUGGAUCGUAGGCAGCCUUUUUUCCUCCAGCUAAGUUGACAAGGAACUGAGUCAAAGAAGGUAGGUACCGGAAAGUUGAAUCGAGGAAGCGAUGAUGAUGAUAUGCCUCAAACUUUCUUUUUUGCCGUGUUUAACUUAGUUUCUGAUUUUCUUUCACAGUGGGACCUAGUAUGCGAUCGAAGGCACCUAAAAGCUAUGACCCAGUCCGUUUACAUGGGAGGACUAUUGGUUGGUUCAGUGGCCUUCAGUACACUGUCUGAUCAUUUUGGUCGCAAGGUCGUAGUUUUCCUCAGUAUCUUAAUCAUGGUGAGUAUUGCACGAACCGUUUUUGAAAUGUAAUUGUUUGAAUUGUUUUUCGUGAAUAGCUGGAACCAAUGCCAUCAAACAGGUGACUUCGUAAUCUUACACUCUUUUUGUUUGACGUCAAAAGUUGGUGCACAAAGUUUAAGGCCACGUAAGAUGGGUGGAGGGAAUCAAAAUUUUCAUCCUUACGAUGAAAUAAAUAUUGGAUGAAGUUUAAACAUCGUUUAUCCACAAUACAAAGUGACACAAAAAAUACAUGCGUAAUUCGUGUUUGACAAACUCUUUCACUUGUCGGCAAAUUAAAAACGUAUUCACAUUAACCAAUAUUCUGUAACAUAUAUACACCAACUGUGGCCAGUUAGCAGGGGAGACAUAUUCAACGAAAUGAAAAACAAUAAAGUACUAACCACGAGGUGAGCUAAAAAAAAGAUUGAAUAAAUUGGAUCACUAUUAACAUGCACAGAAUUCUUGUCCAAGUUUUCGAUUGGCCUUGACUCGACUUGACGGCCACUUAAUAUCUCAUGAUACCAUGCCUGACAGCGAAAAAGCAUCCAUAAAAUGGCCUCUAGUUGUUUUUACAAAUCAUAAAAAGAAAUUAUCAAUGUUCGUGCACGGAAAAGUUCAGCAGUUAUUGCGCUAGCACUUCUUAGAUAUGAGAUGGUCCUAGCCACAAAUCAUAUAACGGCGCACUCGUAAAACGGAUCGCUUGUUAUCCGAAGUUUACUUGAAUAUAAUUAACUAAAGGUAUAGUACUAUCCAAGGAUUAUAGUACAGUCAACACUUGCUAAGAAGCGGACACCUCUGUGAAUGGCACUAUAUGUGUUCGUCUUAUAGAGAGUCAAUUAAAAGGAGGAAAAGAAAUCAUUGUAUGGCAGCCUACUCCUAUUGUUUCUGCUUUGUCUCUUGAGAGUGUGAGAAUUGUUAUUUGCUGUAAAUUUCAUAAGAGACCGAAAACGGCGGUAGCCUUUAAAACCUCAAUUUUGCUGGCAAAGCCUAAGGGUACCCCACUUUUCACAGGCGACGUUUUUCAAUAGGCGCGUUUCUGCAAUGUGCAUGGACCAACUCUAGGUGUCCGUUUUAAAGAGGUGUCCGUCUUAAAGAGAGUCAAAGAAUAUGACUGAAGAACGACAAGGACCAACUCAAGGUGUCCGUCUUAAAGAGGUGUCCGCUGAGAGGGUGUUGACUAUUUUACGUAUAUCUUUUUACCACAGGGUGUAGGUGGUACAGUUUCCGGCGUCGCCGACUGUCUUUCAUUGUUCUCAUUGUUUCGUUUCGUGACUGGAGCUGCUACAGCCGGCUGCCUUCUCGUUCGAUUCGUCUACUGCAUGGAGAUCAUACAAAUUGACCAACGUACUACCGCAGGGAUUGUAAACAACAUUUUUGUCAGCAUAGGCUUUUGUAUCCUGUCGUUCCUCGCUUAUCUUAUUCGUGACUGGAGGUAUCUUAUGCUGACUGUGUCUCUACCAGGACUUCCACUGCUUCUCUGUAUGUGGUAGGGAUGUUUUGCUUGUUGCUCCCUUACGAUGCAUGCUCACCAGAAAUCCCGACCAGAAGUAUAUAGCGGAAUAAGUAGCACGCAAUCAUUUUAAUCCUAAGGUGUCCGUAGGCUUCGAUAAGUUACAAGGGAGUUAAAGCAGCCGACGUUUUUGAGCGACGCAGGUCGACCGGAAGUUGACUUUUUGAGCUCUUGAGCAACGAUUUUGAACAAAUUUUUAGGCAAAUCGUUUCUGUAAGGGUAAAGACACUUAGCAAUACAAACUUGGUAGCGUCAAGGUAUUUAAAAAGAGGAAAAGGCUCACUUCCGGUUGACGUGCGUCGCUCGAAAUUGUCGCUGCUUAAGCAAUUCGCCACUUUAGAAACGAGAAGGAAGCUGGGCCGGGUUUACAUACGCAAAGACUUAUGGGUAUGUUGCUAGAGACGGGGGAAAAAAUUGACCAAUAGCUGAGCGGCGCGUCCCCAGUAACGAUCCUGGAAACAACUGCGGGACGUAUUUCGGCUCCAGUGCCUUUCUCGUCUCUAAAAAGGCGAAUAAAAGCCUAGGAAAAGUAACAAGGGUUGUGGGAAAUGCCUGGAAGUAACACGUGUAUUAGACUUUUCUCAAAAAAAUUAACUUCGUCAACUAAAUAUACGCCAGAGAUUUAAGGUUCAAAUUAACCUUUCUGGCCUUUAUCCCUUUUGAUCUUAUCGUUAUAAGCGGUCGGGGAAGAUCAAUAAAACCUCACCCUGUGAUAAAAAAAAAUGAUUUAAAACUAAAAGCUAUUUUCUACAUUUUUAUGCAAGGAUGUGUGAAACACAGCAACUAAAACCUAACGAUUUAGCUUCCUUUCCGACCGGUACUCGAAAAUAUAGCAUUAUCUGAUGGAGACGUAUGUGUUCCAUGGCCUGCACAACAUAAGUUCCUUAUUUAGCUUUUUCGGGAAGGUUUGGGAAUGAUAUUGACCUGGGCCAUUUUCAAAAACCAUUCUAAGAUUGCACUUGGUAAGCAAACAUCUUUUGUUCUGUUCGUUUAUUUCAAAGGAUUAUUCCAGAGUCCCCUCGCUGGUUGAUCGCCAAGAAUCGCCUGGACGAAGCUCAUGAGCUGCUAAUGAAAUAUGCCAAGAAAAAUCGAGUUGAUAUCGACUCAGCACAACUCAAACACGCCAUACAAGAGUUUAAGAAGGAAGAAGAAAAGAAUGGCAAUCAGAUUAAGAAAACCUAUGGUAUCCUAGACAUGAUCAGAACACCGAGGCUUAGGAAAAGAACUUUGAUUUGUGGAUUUAACUGGUGGGUCUGUAUAUAACUGUAAAUCUUCACAUGUGACUACUUUCUUGCUUUCGGCAGCGGCCAACUCAGUUCUGCGAUGACUUCUCAGAUGGACAAAACUACGGCGGAGAUCGAUCUCAGUUGCAAUGCUUUGUGCCUGUAUGUUGAGCGCACUUUAAGACUUGACCAACAGAAUUCCAAAUUUUUGGAUCCUUUUGAGUCUCUACACUGAGUUUCUGGUUCUCGUGCCGGUACCUCUAUGUAAACGCAAGUCAUUUGUUUAAUUACAUCCUCUCAAGGUGCAAUGAACUAGCUGCUCAUCUGAGAGCAAAUCUAAUGCAAUAGGCUUACCGCAAUAAUUCAAUCUUUCGAUUAAGCGCGCCCUAUUGUGUAAGUACCCUCAUUCCAAUACGCGCCCCUAUACAAGUAACAGCCCUUACUACAAUAAGAGCCCCUAUUCUUUUUCAGUGAUAGCACUGUUAGAGUACAUUUAUAUUGAGACCAAGUAGUGCAUCAAGCCAUAAGCAAAUCACGUGACAAUAAUCCCUAUGAUCGACGGAAUAACGUAUCGGACGAAGAAGAUAUUGACCUAAAAGCUUUGUUAUUGGUCAAAGCAACACUGAGGCUAUCGACGUUGAACAGUUGAACAGACUAGUGACAUUCAAAAUUCCUCACCAUUAUUUAGAGAAUAAGCGCCUUCCCUUGAAGUACCAUUAGUAAGUGAGCUCCCCGGGCGCUAAAUUGAAGCUUUAAGGUGACUCCCUAAUACCUCCUUCUUCCAGGUUCGUGAACGCCUUGGUGUAUUUUGGAAUCAACUUGAACGUGGGAAACUUGGCAGGAGACAUAUACCUCAAUUUCUUUAUCUUGUGCAUCGUUGAAAUUCCCGGAGCAUUGAUACUCAUGUUUUUAAUGUCAAGGUAGUGUUUGUGAUAGUGUAACCCAAAACUCCACAAAGCAAAAACAAUCGAAAUUAGCCAACAAAAUCCUUCACGGUGACAAUAAAAAGUGUCCAUGUCAGUGACUAAACAUCUUAUUGAGGAAGGAAAAUCGACAAUUAAAGUAGACUUGUGACUUGAAACUUUUAAAAGUAAUAAGGAGUUUUGGUGUUUUGCCGAAAUGUGCGUUGUUCCUAUGGUCCGUUACUGCGUUAGCUCAAAAUAGUUUAUCAGUAUCACUAAAAACCGCCCAAACCAAUAGUUUUUUUGGAGCAGUUGAUACCUACGAUUCAGUGGAAGAUUCAGAUCUUGAACUAAGUGGGGGCCACGCUCAUUCAGUGCCUAAGAUGAGAAGGGGGCUGGCCUCGAAAUAUUUUUUCCUCUCUCUGCGGGCCUUGGAUUUGCUUUAGAAUAACGUGUGGGCCCGAGUAUUUGGCCCUUCUAGAUCCGCCACUGCUAUUCCCUUGCUAGUGUCCAUUUACAAAAACAUGUGUCUGUUUUGUAACCGUAGAGAGCCGUUUUACAAAGAGAAUGGAGAAAACGGUUUGAUGCAUUUUUCCCUUUGCACCAGUCACAUGCAUUCUUCCAGGGUCUGUGUGUUCUGCUGUUUGCGCAUGUUUCAUAUGUUUAGCACCAGUUUCCUUCACCCCCCUCUCCAUUUUUUUCGCUAAGCAGAAUUGCUCGUGUUUUUAGCAUACAUUUAAUGCCAUUUCUCCGAGAUUUAUAGAUUUGCAGCUGUUGCUUUGAUUGUUCGUGAAUGACCAGCUGAGUGACACCAGUUUGCUUCUUUGCAGAUAUGGUCGUCGUAUUCCAUACGCUGCUUUCAUGAUCUUUGGAGGACUGGCAGGAAUGCUAGUACUAGCCGUUCCAUCUGAUGAAGGUAAAGAAAGGUUCACGUACUUUAGACGAGCAGUUCCAACUGACUUAAUGUAUAAAGAAUUUCGAAUUCCAUCUACAGCGACAGCGAGAAACCGAAUUUGUUUGCCAGUAAAUCACAACCAAAAAGUUUCUGUCUCUUUUCAUAUCCAAGUUCAGUGUUCUGUAUCACAAAAACAAAAACGCUACNGCUAGUGUCCAUUUACAAAAACAUGUGUCUGUUUUGUAACCGUAGAGAGCCGUUUUACAAAGAGAAUGGAGAAAACGGUUUGAUGCAUUUUUCCCUUUGCACCAGUCACGUGCAUUCUUCCAGGGUCUGUGUGUUCUGCUGUUUGCGCAUGUUUCAUAUGUUUAGGACCAGUUUCCUUUCCCCCCCCUCCAUUUUUUUCGCUAAGCAGAAUUGCUCGUGUUUUUAGCAUACAUUUAAUGCCAUUUCUCCGAGAUUUAUAGAUUUGCAGCUGUUGCUUUGAUUGUUCGUGAAUGACCAGCUGAGUGACACCAGUUUGCUUCUUUGCAGAUAUGGUCGUCGUAUUCCAUACGCUGCUUUCAUGAUCUUUGGAGGACUGGCAGGAAUGCUAGUACUAGCCGUUCCAUCUGAUGAAGGUAAAGAAAGGUUCACGUACUUUAGACGAGCAGUUCCAACUGACUUAAUGUAUAAAGAAUUUCGAAUUCCAUCUACAGCGACAGCGAGAAACCGAAUUUGUUUGCCAGUAAAUCACAACCAAAAAGUUUCUGUCUCUUUUCAUAUCCAAGUUCAGUGUUCUGUAUCACAAAAACAAAAACGCUACUAUCUCACUAACGUUUGAAAAUCAUGCAUUAAAUGCCAAUAACACACGAAAAUCAACCAAUCAGCUUCCAGAAUUUAACACAGCACAAAAAGUUAGAAUAGCAGUGCUAAUUAACUCAUCUCGUUUAUUGUUUGUUAGGAAUGCGGUUUAUUGUUACCAUACUGGCUGUUAUUGGCAAGGCCUGCAUCUUGGCAACAUUCCUGGGGAUUUAUGUCUUCACUGUGGAACUCUAUCCGACCAUCAUCAGGUAAGUAAACCUGAUUGCCUUUAUUUAAGGAUAAGCGCUCUUUAGUUCGGAAUACAGAGAAGCAUGAUAAUGCUUAGUAUCCUUGACUUCAAAAUAUGUAAGAGUGAAAAUAAAAUGUAGACCUAAUAGAAGACUUUCAAAUCUACAUAAAGCAAUUUUAUAAAAUUGUUGCUGAUGUCAUAAAAUUUAAAUUAAAUGGAUCUGUCCUACAUUUACCCCCCAUUUCGCAUUGCACGCAAUGCAAAAUAAACAGUAAAAAAGCAGCGAGUAAGAACCAAGUUUUUAAGAAUCUGCGAGGCUAAGAAUUACUAAGGGAAUAAUACUAUGAAUACGUACGAAUCUUAGGGCGCUUUCCAUUUGUCAGAAAUGACCGGCCAGCCCAUUCCCAUCUUAAUGAGAAUUUCACUCUUAAUCAAAACUAACCAUCCAGAUCAGUCAAAUCCAAAAUAUUAUACACAGAGGAGAUGAUUUUUCAGCUAAACCUCUUGGGAAAAGCCUAUUUUUUUUUCAUUGCCAGAAAGUCUGGUCUGGCCAUGGUCAGGCCGGCCAGUUCUGACUUUUGGAAAGCGCCCUUAGUAAGAAACACUAAGGGAAUCUUAGUAAGAAUAAGCAAGAAUCUCAAUAAGAAUUACUACGGGAAUCUUGAUAAGAAUAAGUGAGAUUGUUAAAUAUGUAGUAAGGAUAACUACGGGAGUCUUGGUAAGAAUCUAAGAGAGAAACACUACGGGAAUAGUAGUAAGAAUGUGUAAGAUUCUUAGUAAGAAUCACUAUGGGAAUCACAGUAAGAAUAGCCGGUAAGAAUCUCAGAGCGUUAAUCUUCCAGUGAGUACAUCUUCGAAAUCUCACGCUACCCUCCACAAUGUUAUUCCCUUAGGUCAAUAUCAUCAUUGUUAUUUCUUUGUAGGAAUACUGGCGUUGGUGUGUGUUCAAUGAUGGCUCGUUUAGGCAGUACUAUAACACCAUUCAUUGUGUUACUGGUUUGUAUCAUUAUUGCAUCAAAAACUCAUGAUUACAGUUUUUCCGUUAAAACCGCGCAUGCAGCCAUAUUACCUUUCCUCACUCUCAUGAUCAAAUAAGUGCCCCUCAAGAAAAAGCACUCACAAACUAACUUACUAGCAUAUAUGAAAUUCCCCCUUUUUCGCUUUAGUAAUCGUUAUUAUAUAUUGCAAGACAAGCUUCUUUCUUUUCGGAUGCAUAAUUGUUUACACGUUGACUAAAAUAACUAAACCAUCAAUGGCCAGCAUGGAUAUAAACUACAGAUUUCUCAUUCUUGAUUUGCGUGCUAUUUUUGUGCGCAUUAGUGCCAACAUAACGUUUUUAAUAGUUCGCCCGUCCUCCAUUCGUCCGAAACUUCAAAUAAGCCUCUGGCCUAGAGGAUUUCAUGAGGAAAUACAGUGAAGUUUUACUUUUGUUUCCUUUUAAGGCUGACCUUCCACUCUUGAGCAGAACACUACCGCUGGUGAUUUUUGGAAUUUUUGGGAUUCUCGCAGGCAUUUUGGCUCUCUGGCUCCCAGAGACACUUUACAGUCCCAUGGCCCAGACCGUGGAGCAAGCGGAGGAGUGGGACGAGGACUACAAGAUUUAUUGUUGCAGACAACACAUCCCCGCAAAGAAGGAAAAAAACAUUGAAAUGUCAGUUAAAGAGAAUGAAGCAAACGACUGUGAACAUGCUACAGUAUGA